AUGGUUGAACUGACAGUCCCAUGGGAGGAACAAAUGGAGGCUGCGCACGAGCGUAAGAAGGACAAGUACGCAGAACUGGCAGCAACAUGCUCACAAACUGGGUGGAGACCGUUUACCUUCCCAGUGGAGGUCGGAUGUAGGGUCUUCACCGGGACAUCCACACAGCGGCUACUGAAGACGCUCGGAGUCACAGGAUCCAACAGGAAGCGAGCUCUUUGUGACCUUGCAGAGGAGGCUGAGGAAGGGAGCUUCUGGCUAUGGCUCAGAAGGAAGGAAAGGGCGUGGGGAACAGAAGGCUCUUAA